CUUAUAUGGGAUCUCACUUGCUUUCUUUUAUACCCCAUUAGAGACCCUUAUUUUAGAUCUCACUUCUUUGCCCCCCCCCCUCUCUCUCUCUCUCUCUCUCUAGCAAGCUGUUGUUCUGGUUCUAGCAGGUGAGGUGGAGGGUGUAGGAGGAGGAUGAGCUCUCUAAGCAUGGUGGAGGCAAAGUUGCCUCCAGGAUUCAGGUUCCAUCCAAGAGAUGAAGAGCUUGUAUGUGAUUAUUUGAUGAAGAGGAUAAUAGGCAAUCAUCAUGGAAAGGGAAGCUCUUACGACUCUCCUCUGCUGAUCGAGGUCGAUUUGAACAAGUGCGAACCCUGGGACCUUCCAGAAAUGGCUUGUGUGGGGGGAAAAGAAUGGUACUUCUUCAGCCAACGAGAUCGGAAAUAUGCUACCGGCCUGAGAACCAAUCGUGCAACGGUUUCUGGAUACUGGAAGGCUACCGGAAAAGACCGGCAAAUUAACCGGAAAGGGACCCUGGUUGGUAUGAGAAAGACCCUAGUUUUCUACCAAGGGAGGGCACCCAAAGGAAGAAAAACUGACUGGGUCAUGCAUGAAUUCCGGGUUGAAGGACCCUCUGACCCACCAAAAAUUUCUUCUCAGGAAGAUUGGGUCUUAUGCAGAGUAUUCUUCAAAAGCAGAGGCCAUUCUGCCAAACCUAGCGUGGAGAACUGCUAUGAUGACACAGGCUCUUCAUCACUCCCUCCAUUAAUGGACUCCUUCAUCACCUUUGACCAAACUCCAGCAAAUCUAGAGGAGUUUGAGCAAGUGCCCUGCUUCUCCAAUUUUUCCCAGGUUCUCAUGACCAACCCGACCUUGUCACAACUCGCUCAAAUUGAACCAAACAUACCCACCAAAGCUUUAAACAACUUGGGGAAUAUACCAGAUAUGGGUACUGGUUUAAACCCUUUCUCUUGCGAUAAGAAGGUCAUAAAAGCUGUCUUGAGUCAUCUCAACAAGCUGGAAAGCAAUCCAAAGGUGGAUCUUUCACCAAGCUUUGGAGAAGGAAGCUCCGAGAGCUACUUAUCUGAAGUGGGUUUGCCAUCUCUGUGGAACCAUUAUUGAAUAUCUGAAGAGAUUACUAUUUGAUGCAUGUAUGUUUUUUUUUUCUCUUUUAUUUUAGUGGGGGGUUUACUGAUAUUUUGUCAUUUGGAUUCACUCGAAGUUGUAAAAGUUCAACACGACACUACAAAUAUUUGGUCUUUCUAGCUCUGUACAUGUAUUUUCCUAUUACGGGAAGUUUUCUUCAGAGAUAAGUUCUGGUCCUGAGUCUUCACUAUUGAUUGUAUGAAGUCUCCUUCCGAGAUGUACUCUUAUUUUCUCAAGGUGUUACUAUCACCGAGACACCGACUCCCCAAGAUGUAACUAUCAGUACUAUUAAAUUCUC